GCGAGAUCCUCUUGCAGGAGAGGAAGGCUUUCUACGAUACGAGUUGACCGACCCACCGGAAUUCUUGGGCCGGCACUCGCACUAGAUGUCAAAACCGUACAUGUACACUGCCGAUCUAAUGUUUCGGGAAAUUGGCCACGAUCCCCGUCGACCUUCGGACUCGCGAAUCAUAGCAGGAUCUGAUUUGAACUACCGUUGCGGUCCAGUACCGGACCGUACCCCGAAUACCAAGAGUCCCCGACUGGGUGAAAAGUUGAGAGCCCCUCGGCAGGUCUCCUGUCUGGCUUGGACGCUAGAUGACGAUCUGCUCACCUAGUCAUCUUUGGCUCUUGUGAACGGGUCGGAGGAUCAAUUAGGGUAAUUUUUGCUGAGGAUCAUUGCACAUGCCGGGUGGACCACUGCAUCAAAGCUUUCCAACUGGGACGUCGUUCGCGGCUCCAUAUUAGACAGCGGUUCCCCUCCACCAGGCGUUCUGUAGAGAAUGAACUUGAUCCCACUCUACUUGGUCACCGCCCCUACGCUUCCUGGGGAUUCAUAUCACUUAGAAUGCUUCUGCAUCGGAUACUGGUUCUGGCCUCAGUGACGCUGGCAGCCGGGGCUGUGGCUGCAAGUACUGAAUCAGAAGACACAUUACCCCAGUGCGCGGUAACCUGCCAGAGUCAAUUAAUCGCCGAUAAUUCAACAUCAUGCGCAUCUACCGACACAUCAUGCCUUUGUGGCGACGAUGCAUUUCAGAACGACAUGGUCACUUGUGUUUCCGCCAGUUGUACUCCAAAACAAACUCUCCUCACCACACGACUCAGUAAUCGCCAAUGCGGCAUACCUCCGCAUAAAGGACGUCCGGAACUAGACUCGGCCACACUCGUUCCUCUGAUUUUUUCCACUCUCCUUUUCGCCAACCGAAUUGCUGCGAAAUUCAUGGGCCUCGGUGGUGGAUGGGGUCCAGACGAUUACACUAUUAUCGUGGCAUAUGGACUGGCAGUAGCUAUAUUCGGCGUCAAUGCAUCGAUGAUCCAUUAUGGCUUUGGGCAGAAUAUGUGGGACAUAACUCCACUAGACAACAUCACCAUAGUGCUCAAGUACUUCUUCGCCUUUGUCAUAUUGUAUAAGACACAAAUUUCCCUGGCAAAGAUCUCCGUGUGCCUGUUCUUAUUGAGAAUCUUCCAGUCGAAAUUAUUUCGCUUUGGAGCGUUCACGAUCAUCGCAUUGAAUGCUGCGAUCGGAAUCACCUGGGUGUUGACUGACUCCUUGCGGUGUAUUCCAGUUCAUCUGUCCUGGGAUCAAUGGGCGACCGGCGAGCAAGGGACGUGUGUCAACUUCAUCGCGGUUACGUUCGUCAACGCCUAUGUUAAUAUCGGAGUGGAUACGGUCAUGGUGCUCAUGCCAGUCUACGAGGUUUUCAAACUGAACUUGUCCGCGCGCAAAAAGGCCGGUGUCAGCGUUAUGUUUGCAAUGGGUCUUGUCCUCACCGGCGUUGCAAUUGCCCGUGUGAUUGUCUUCUGGUUCAACCGCUGGAAUACAAACCCUACUGUCCAACUUCAACCGAUCGUGCACUGGUCGGUCAUCGAAGUCCACAUCGCCGUGAUGUGUGCCUGUCUCCCAACCUUCCGAGCGAUGCUGGUCCAUAUUUUCCCAAAAGUGCUUGGCAACAGCAGUGACCAGUCCUACUACGAACAGAGAAACACGCCCAGCAAGCCGCCCACAUUCGGCUCCAACCAAGCGCUCAGUAAAAGUCACAUUAACAAAACGGUCUCCUACUCGGUUGACUACGGGGCGAAUAAGAGGCCCCAGAGACACAGCUUCGUGCCGCUGGUCGAACUGGAUCCACACGACCAUUGACUUUGGGCGGGGAAUUCGGUCUCAGCCGAGAUUACUCGGGAGUUGUGUUCUUGCUUUCGUCGUACAUUUCUUAACUUUCCUUUGUUCAAUACCAUCUAUUCAUGUAUUUAUUAUAAUAUGGGGCGUCCCACUCUAUAUGAACGAGCUCAUGCCAAAAUAUCCCAACGAAAAAUACAAUUUUAUGCUGUGUUUCCGGCUAAAUGCGAACAGCCCUAUGCUGGACCCUAGAAAGUACAACAGUGAACCAUGGUACCUGAUGUCCAGGCCUCUGUUUCAGAUCCAUUAGAAUUCGAGCCUGACGUGUACCACACCACCUAUCAGGAGCUGACAUGGAUAUCUACCUUCCAGAAGUAACUC